CUGAAAUUAGGGUUUUCAUUGAUUCAAAUCCGACCGCAUUUUGUAUACAAAUAGAGAGUUGCAGUGUAAUCAAAUAUGGCGGACAGCCUCUGGAACAGGCCGCCUCCUUGUUCCGGUGGCGUUAAACGACCUCGUUCUGAAUAUUACGCAGACCUCCCAACAUCCGGUCUGUAUUCAGGUCAUGAGAUGCAUAGCUAUUUAGCACAGGAUGAGGAUCUUUGCAGUCCUAGGGCUGGAAAGGAUACAAAAUCAAUUGGAUCAGCAUAUGAUCGUUAUCUUCAAAAUGGGCAACUGUCUUCAGCUACCAUAGUUGGAGUUGGAUUGGGGAGGCCUAUUGGUGAUGGAUUGGCUGAUCAUUCUCUGAUGGGUCACCCUACGUCUGUAGCUUCGGAUUUAAUUAGUGGUCGAAAUAAUAGUCUACCUCAGCUCCCAGUGGAUACGAUGCCUAGACUAGCACCUGAACGUGAAACAGCUCCUUUACCCGCAGAUGCUACCAACACUUUAUACAUUGAAGGGCUUCCUCCUGACAGCAUGAGGAGGGAAGUAUCCCAUAUCUUUCGCCCCUUUGUGGGAUAUAAAGAAGUGAGGCUUGUGAGCAAAGAGUCCAAACUUCGUGGUGGUGAUCCUCUAAUCCUUUGUUUUGUGGACUUCGUAAAUCCAGCCUGUGCUGCAACUGCUAUGAGUGCUUUGCAAGGUUAUAGAAUGGAUGAACACAAUCCCGAUUCUAACUACUUGCGGCUGCAGUUUUCUCGGUUCCCAGGUCCAAGGUCUGGACAUGGAGCCCGUAGUAAGAGGUGAAUAGGCUUUAGGGCAUGAGGCCCAUAUAUAGAGAAGCAAUGCUGAUUGCAUUUAGGCAUAUAUACUUUUUAGAUAGGAUUCUUUCUGGAGUGUGGCUGUUUUACAUUUUAUACAAUACAGCUUGGGCGCACUUGAGAUCUUGAGCACUCGAACUGCACAUUGUAGCAUCUAGGCAGUGAAACCAGGAAGAAUUUCAUAGAAAAACUUACACCGGAUAGGAAAGAUUACUUAUUUUUACUGGUUUUCUUUCAUUUUCUUGUAAACAUCACAGCAUUUGAGUUCUAACAAUAAUGCAUCAUGCCAUAAAUUGUGUGU